UAUAUUCGCAAUAUAUUUUUUUUUUUAGUAAAACAGAAUGGCAGAACAGUUGAACAACAUAUGAGGAAAUAGUUAUGGAAAGUUUAGAUUUAAUGUAAAUGUAUUAAGAAAAGCAUAUACAAAAUUAUUUUAAGUGAUAACAGCAAAACACAAAUUGGAACGAUAAUAUAAAAAUGUCUUCCUCUCUGCAGCUCGUUCAAACAUUAUUAGACGAAUUUUAUCAACAUUCAACCUCAAACGUAAGAAGGCGAGAAAUAGAAUCACAAUUGAUAAAUUUUAAGUGUCAGCCGGAAGCUUGGCAAUUGUGUCUGCAUGUAGCAACCUCUAUUGAAAGUAAUCAGUUUUUAUGGGUAUUUUGUACAUCAACUCUGGAACAUACAGUAACCCGUCGUUGGAAUCAAUUACAUACUAGUGACCGUACAUUACUUCGUGAAACUCUAUGGAAUACAUACAUAAAUUUUUCAUUAAGCUGCCCCAGAAGGCAACGAGAAACUUUUGCACAACUUAUUGCUCUAAUGGGAAAACACGAGUUUCCAGACGAGCACCCGAAUUAUAUUAUGAACUGCAUCGAAUUAAUAAAAACAAAAUUUCCUCUCGGCAUUUCGCUGUUGCGUUCUACAUCGGAAGAAGUAAUGAAUAACAGAGAAAAUAUUUCAACAGAUCGAAAAAAUUAUUUUCAUUCCUGUAUAUCCCUGUGUAUUCCCGAUGUGGUGGAUCUACUCACAAAGUAUUUAAUAAUUGCUGUUUGUCAUGUUAAUGAAAAAAAUAUUCAUUCCAUACCUAAUAACAUUUUGGAUUAUACAUUAAUUACAUCGCUGCCGAACGACAAUCAAUUAAGUUCUUCAAUUCUGGAGUUACUCACAUGUGUACAACAUUUGGUCUCCUGGAUAUCAACCGAUCUGAUCUCGGAAUAUUUAUUAAUGAGUAUAUUAGAUUUAUCACAAUGGAGAGUGCACCAUCAAUCUGUUUCGCUAGCUGGUUUAGCGGUUUUAAACGAACUGCUAUAUUUGCAAAAAUCAUUACCCCAUACAAAAACCUUAAUGACUGGAAUAAAUGGGUUGCUUGAGCAGCACAAUACUACGAAAUUACAAAGUGAAAUGUAUAUAGAUAAGUUUAGAGAGCUGUUACGCUUAUACACAAUCAAAUAUUGGCCGAAGAUGAUAGAAGAUAAUGAUAUUUUGGAACCUUUUCUAAAAUCUUUGUAUUGCUGCACAAUUUCCAGAAAUGGCGCGUUGGAUUUUACUGAAAAGUUGGAAAUAUGGACACCAAUUAUAAAGGGCUUAGUAUUAAAUAAAAAGCUAUGUCGAUAUAAUGAUAUCAUGAAUUCACUAAUAGGGGAAAUUUUGUGUCGUAUACAAUUUGAAUAUAAUAAAGCGGAAUUGGAACUGUUGGAUAAUGAAAACUUAGAAGACAAUGUUCAAACAGAAUGGCAACAGUAUUCCACAUCUGCAAUAGAAACUAUUGCACUCAUUGGUGAAUCCCGCCCAUGUGAAUGUUUUGUUUUAGCAUUUACACAUUGGUCGAGACCAUACGGUUUCCUAUUGUCCAUCGAAAAUGAUAUCGAUAGUGGGAAAACAGUCGACUUAACGCGGAAAAUAAAAUGCCAAAGUUUUAGUGAAAGUUUACGUGAUUUCUCUACAAUGUGUCAGGCUGUGGUCAGAAUAACACCUUUAUUAGGUUCCGCUGAUAUGAAUUCUGAAAUGAACAACAAUUUACAGCUUUUAACAAAAAAUCUAUUAACGAUUUUAAAAUUUUUAUCAAGUAAUAAACUUUCUAAUUUAAAUGUGGAUAGAUCAACAUUUCAGACUGAUUUAGAUUAUUUAUAUGCUCAAGUUUUAAUGGCCAUACGUAGUAUUUUAACAGUAUCAAAUUUAUUGCGAACAGGGGAUAUACUUAAUAAUCUAUUUGGUACAAUUGGUGGCAUUUUUUUACCCUCAAAUUCACUGCUAUCGCCAAUUAUUUAUAUGGCAGCAAGUCAAUUGCUUUUAUGCCUUACAACUGUGAUAAGACCAAAAACUCUAUUAGAGAUACCAACAAUUAUAAACAUUAUGCAAGCAGGUUCGAAACUAACACAUCUGCCAAGGCAAGUCAUUGCCAAUAUUUACAUAAGCCUGAUAAGCUACCUUGUGCUGCCAUGGAAAGAAGUUAAUGAUCAGCAACAAGAUUUUCCACGUCGUUGUGCUUUGUUGCAAGAAUAUGUUCAAUGUCUAGCUCAAUAUUUCCUUGAAUUAGAAAUAAAUACAGAAUCAAAAAUAUCAUCAAUAACCCUAAGUUCAUUAAGUAUAUUUAGCAUCGUCAUAGAAUAUUUUCAAGAUUGUAAUAAUAUAUCAAAAGAUAUGUUAGCAACUGCAUUUAAGCCAUUAAUAACAAAAGCUUUAAUUAUUUACAAUAAUUUUGGAACGACCUGUAAUGCUGUUGCGAUUAGUGUUGCUGAAUUUAGUUUGAGUACUUUACGUACAUUACAAACACAGCUAGGGACGCAAUUUAUCAAAGAUAUGAUAACGUUAUUUAUUGGUGUUAGUAGUCGGGAACAUUCAAAUAUAAGUAGAUUAGUGGUUGUGGAGAAGAUCUUGCAAAUGUUCCAAUUGAUUGUUGAACAACAUGGCAAUGGUUCAAUGUCGAUGAUGCCGUCAAUUUUAGACUUUACAAUCGAACAUAUACUGCCAUUGAUCCAGCAUGAAAAUAAUGUAACUGAUAAUUCGGACAUAUCAAGUACAGUGUACAAUCUAUUCAACAGCAUAUUGACACAUAAAUGGCAGUACUUUUAUAAAUCACACGCUUAUAACAAUGCAAAUACGCUACAAAUGAAUACUGGGAACUUACAUCCAGAACACUUUCUAGCAAUAUUAAAUGCUUAUGGUCAGAUACUUUUAACUGGGAAUGAUCCGAAUGUAGUACGCAUUAUUUUAGAAUCACUACAUAGCGUUAACGAACGAUGGCGAUUAUACCAAAAGGCACUAUUCAGAGAUAAUCUUUUGACUUCGUUCCAAACUGCAUUAAUUAAGGUCCUACUUUCAGCUGAAGGUCCACUACAUUUUGAUUUAUUAGCAACGUCGUUGUUUAAUAUGGGUCAAGUUGAUACUUUAAAAUUACGUGAUAGUUUUGCAAAUGCUGGUUUACCGAUUAAUUCAAAAAUAAUAGACGAAAUUUGUUUAUCAACCGACAUUCCAACGUUUUCUCAAAAAUUAUCUCAAUUGAUACAGGAUGCGCAUUGUGUACAUCUAACGCAAACAUAAAGCUACAUUUUACGAGCAUAGGAGAUUUAAGUUAUUUUAAGCGCUUUUAUAAGUUUUAUGUAUAUUUUAAUGUAAUUCUAUGUUCAACUAACGUGAAAUCGUUAGCUUUUAAGGUACUUAGACGUAUGCUUAUUUGUUAAACAACA